AUGAGACUGGAGGGUAUCUCGGGAGUGUUACCGUACUACGACGACAUACUAGUCGUGGGAAGUUCCGAUGACGAUUUAGACACUAAAGUGCGCACGGUACUGUCGAAAUUUCGUGAAGACGGGCUACAAUUGCGCCGGGAAAAAUGUAUUUUUCGUACAAAAUCCAUUGAAUUCCUCGGGUUUAGAAUAAGCGAAGACGGUAUUCGCCCAACGAAAGAUAAAAUCGCGGCAAUAGUAAACGCGCCUCCUCCAACUAAUGUGACAGAAUUACAAGCAUUUUUGGGGUUGGUCAAUUUUUAUCACGUGUUCAUGAAGGACAAAGCGACCAUCGCUAAACCUUUACAUGCGUUACUUCAAAAGAACGCUCAAUGGCAAUGGCGAACGUCAGAACGAGAGGCUUUCCAAGCUUUAAAGGAUUGCUUAAUCAGGGAGCCCGUGCUGGCUCACUACAAUGAUCGGAGAAACUUAUUUUUGACUUGCGACGCGAGUCCGUAUGGGGUAGGUUGCGUGCUUAGUCAGUUGGACGACCGGGGGCGAGACGUUCCAGUAGCGUAUCACAGCCGUUCUUUGUCGUCAGCUGAGAGGAAAUACGCUCAAAUCGACAAGGAGGCACUCGCUAUCAUCACGGGUGUUAAAAAGUUUCACGAAUACAUCUACGGCCGAGGGGUGACAAUAACAACGGACCAUAAACCUUUAUUGGGAGUCUUCAAUCCGAAGAAGGGGGUUCCAGACAUUCUAUCACCUAGGAUGCUAAGAUGGACACUAAUGCUAUCUGCGUACGACUACGAACUAAGGUACGUGCCAGGAGCUAAGAUCCAGAAUGCGGACGCAUUAAGCAGACUGCCCCAAAAAAUCAAGGUUCCAGAACCUCCGCCAUCUGAAGACGUCUUAAUGCUGGAAAACAUUCCAGAAAAGCUAAUCAGCGCCAGAGAAAUUGCCCAGGAAACCAAACGAGAUCCUGUUUUAUCAAGGGUUAUGCAGUGGAUCUGGAAGGGAUGGCCUGACAACGGGAAAAAAUUGCCAGACGAAUUUACUCCUUACUUACAACGCAAACAUGAGCUAAAUUGCUACCAAGAUUGUCUCCUGUGGGGCACCAGGGUUAUCGUUCCACUAGGGGUGAGGGACACGGUGCUAAAAAUGCUCCAUUCAGCUCACCCAGGUAUCGUCAAGAUGAAAUCUCUCGCGCGUUCGUACGUAUGGUGGCCGAAUAUUGACAAGCAAAUUGAGAAGCUGGUUGGGUUGUGUAGAGAAUGCCAAGAAACGAGAAACAUGCCGAGGAAGUCGUCUAUUCAUCCUUGGGAGUGGGCUAGAGCUCCGUGGUCGCGUAUCCACAUUGAUCACGCCGGACCAAUGAAAGGAAAACUUUUUCUGGUAGUGACCGACGCCUAUUCCAAAUGGCUCGAGGUAAAACUAGUGCCAAAUACCUCGAGUGCUGUUACAAUCGGGGUGCUACGAGAAUUGUUCGCCACCCACGGCAUACCGGAUGUUGUCGUAUCCGACAAUGGAACGAGUUUCAGCUCUGCCGAAUUUAAGCAGUUCCUGAAAAACAACAUGAUUCGACAAGCUUUAGUGGCACCAUACCAUCCGAGCAGUAAUGGGCAAGCGGAAAGAAUGGUGCAAAAUGUAAAAAACGCUAUCCGGAAAAUGACCGAGGGAACAGCAGAAGGAAAUCUACAGUUGGCUCUAAGCAGAUACUUAUUAGCCCAACACAUUACACCACACUGCACAACAGGCCGAUCACCGGCGGAGAUCUUGAUGGGGCGAAAGCUAAACACCGUCUAUGAUCGUAUGCAGCCUGAUUUCCGUAAGGAAAUGAUGGACAAACAAGAAGACGAAUGUCCAAUCCCAGGGAAAGAUCGAGUGUUCCAAGAUGGAGAUGCAGUUUUCGCAAGGUCAUUCACACCAGGAUCAAAAUGGCUGCCAGCACAAGUCGUGACUACUACGGGACCCGUAAGUUACCGUGUACAAACACCAGAUGGGCAAACAUUACGCCGCCAUGCCGACCAAAUUAGGGCUCGGGUAGAAGAACCGACUGAAAGUUUGGGAGCACUGGGUGAUCCCGAAAUUCCACCGACAACACCAGAAGCUGCCAGCUGCAGCGAACCGCAGCAGCAGGACAACGGGAAUAGCCAAGUCGUGGAAAUCAAGAAGCCACCAGAAAGAUCGAGGCGGGUUCCAAAAUACUUGGAAGAUUUCGUGCCGUAG